AUAUAUUUGUGAAGGUCUUCACAAUAGGACUCUUAAAUUCUAAACAAUUUGAUAGUUGUGUGAAAUAUAUCACUUUCUGUAGAGGUUUUACAGAUUUUUUAGAGUAUAUAUUUCUUAGACAAACGCAUAUUUGUUUCAUAACAGAUUGAGAUCUAAUCAGAGAAAUCAAAUGUAUAGAUGUGUGGCACUUGUGUUGAUAGGAAUCGCCUAUACUUAUGGCACGGAUGUGCCUCCAAUACCGUCUUUCGCUGCCAUCGAUGCCAAUGACAUCGAUGUGAGAGAAGCGCUUCUCUUCGCCUUUGGACCCAAUAAACCGAAGGAAAAGCAAAUUGAGUUAUUGGAGAGCAAAAAGAUCUACAAACUUAAAGUUAUGGUCAGUUAUUUCAGGAAUUGCAGUGAAGAAGAUCUUAAAAGUGUUUGGGUUAUUAAAACACCGGACGGAUGCAAAACGACACAGAGGUGUGAAGCAGAAGUGAUUCAAUUGAAUUCAGUCAACUCAACA